CUUUCAUUACACCGACAUAUGGCUAACCGAUUGGACUAAUUCCGAGGAUUCUAGAAAUACAUCCGAAGAAUACACACAAACGGAUAAUAUAGUGAUAUAUUCUGUACUAAUGUCCGCCACUUUCAUAACAAUGAUCAUCCGUUCGGUCACUUUCUUCAUGAUGUGUGUCAUAGCGUCAGUCAAUCUUCACAACAGAAUAUUCUUUAGACUAAUGAGAGCUCCGAUCGCUUUCUUUGAGAACAAUCCCAUCGGCCGUAUUUUGAAUCGAUUCACGAAAGACAUGGGAAUAGUUGACGAACAGAUGCCGUUGUGUUUGUAUGACUUGAUUAGU